AGCCCAGAGAACCCCUCAGCAUCCGGCGCUCUGCGGAACACUGCGUCCCAGACGCGUUUCCGGAGGAGGGAGUUCAGCGUCGGUCUCCCGCUCUCCCUGGGCUGCUGCGUCCGCGAUUGGUGCGCAUGGCGGCUCCAGAACGUCCUGUUCGGGAGACUUCCGAGGGCCCAGGCACCGCCCGCGCGCCCCUCGGGCCCCGGCUCGUCGGCCCCGUAUCCUGUGCCGGGAGUCCUGUCGCUGUAACGUCCAGCUCAGUCCGUGUCUGUUCAGGGCAGCCCACGUGCAGUGACACCGUAUCCAGAACGCAUCCCGUGGACUCUGAAGGCGAUGCAGCCGCUGCGAAGCGAAAGAAGAAGAAAACCCGGGACAGGGCCUCUGUGGCGAAGGGAAGCGGGAAGCUCUCCGAGAAGCCUGUCCCUGAGGAACCUCCUGCGAGCGCUGAGGCUCAGGCGGAGCAGCUGGCCCGGGAACUGGCUUGGUGCAUAGACCAACUGGAGCUCGGCCUCAGGACUCAGAGAGCCAGUUCAAAGCAGAAGGAGAAAGCUACUGGGGCAAUUCGGACCCUGCGCAGUGAAAGAGCUGCUCUGCCCCGGAAGCGACAGCUGAUGCGCUCCUUGUUUGGGGACUACCGGGCUCAGAUGGAAGCAGAGCAGCGGGAGGCCUUGCGGGCCCUCAGGGCUGCAGCCCAGUCAGCACAGGUGCAACCUGUAGGUGAGGCCACCAGAAAGAAGAGUCGAAGAGUCUGUAGGCCUCGCCCAUUGCGGGAAGACAAGGCCACAGUGAAUACCCCUGAUGAGUUUAGAUUCAAUUUCUUUUAA